AUGAACACCAAACGUCAUUACUGUCAACACCACAACAGCCACCACGCCAAUGCGUUGAGCGAUUAUUCGCUACGGAUACUUUUUGACCGGAAUUGGAGAGAUGGCGGUUGCGAGGUUCUCUCGUCGAGUCAGCGCCAGAGUGGCCUCGAGACAGCCAACCACUAUAAAAACCUGAAGUCGGUCGGAAGAAUCUGCUCUGUCCGAGCCCAAGCUCAGGAAAAAGAAGGUAUCCAAAGCCGCGGGGGUACGAAAAUCGAAAGAACAAAAGUUUACCAUUGGGUAGACUAUGUUGAGUCCGACGAACUUAUUGGGUGGAAAUGCUCUUCCUCGACCAAAAAUGUUGAUAUACUCUCCCGUCGCCCUGCGGAUGGUUCCAAACCACUUGUCCCGGGGAGGCUCAUCUAG